CAUCUCAUUACCUCGAUAGAAGAGGAUAUGUUUUGCAAAUGCACUGAUGUCACUAGUACUAGCUGAUGCUUAACCAAGUGUAAACGUGGGAACACCUGUGUGUUAGGAUUAGAAGUUUUUGACCUGAGUGUUGGUGUUCAGGCCGAGAUGGAAAACGAACGUGAAAGAAUAGCAGAUGACAUAGCUCGGUAUGCUCGCCGGAUGUUAAUAGCGGCCAUUAUAUUGGUGCCCGGCGUCUUCUUCGUGUGUGCGGCGCCGGCCACCCCCGGAUGGAUGGUUUACGGGACCGGGAACACCAGCAUCCACGCUGGUAUAUGGUUUCUGGUAUCAUGUACACCGGAGUGUGAAACGAUAUUCUUCAGCCAUAUCGGCUUCCCGGACCUGAAGACUGUACGGAUCAUGUCUUGUAUAGCCGCUGUGUUUGCCAUCUUCGCUCCAAUCGUAGGCUUUAUUUCGAGACACAGGAUCUUCAACCAGAAAGACAUCAUAGAACACGGCUUAUUUGGGGUGAUCAGUACACUCGGCGCAGGUGUUCUAGGGUUCGUCAUGAUCGGAAUGACAGUCAUUGACUACAAAGACAUCGACGAUAAAGGAGGCAUGAAGACGCCGUACUCGCUAGUCAUUUUGGGUAUUGGCAGCGCUGUGGAGUUGGCGGGAUUCGUACUUUACGCUUGGACCUUCAUAGAGAAAUGCAGAACUGAUAAAGCCCACGAGCAGGGCGAUACAUGGGUGGCUCUCUCCCAGGGGAAUUGACGUCAUCUAGCGAAUACAACCAUUUUAAACUUGUGUGGUUACUAGUGUGUCUUAACUUCUUUUUAAAACUCAUUCUAUAUGUUGAUGUAUUUUUUAGUAUUAAACAAUGUAGAUACUACAUAUCUAAAAAAAAAAAACCGUAAUCAUUACAGCAUUUCAAACGAAGUCGAGAAUUCUCAAAAUUAUGUUUAAAUACCUCUUAACAGAAUACUUUAAUUAUUUUUUAAAGAAGCUGUGGGUUACUGCGGUCUUGGUUCUAAGGGAGGUUACGUAUGAUGACUACGAAUAUUUUAAUUCAGUAUGGUUGUUUCCCUUAGACAAAUUCUUUUUUCUUUCAAUUAGUGUCGGUCAACAAACGGAUAUUCUCAGCUGUUUAUGAACUGUGCAUUGUACCGUAAUGUGAUGAACAGAAGUGUGUAGUUCCAGUAAUAUAAGGUGCCUUCCACGGAGAAGGUUCUAUGGUAAUAUUAGCAUUGUUUAUAUCAUGUUUUACGGCGCUGAACGAUGAACAUGAACGGGUUGAUAAUCAUAUACAGUUGUCCUCAUUGUUUCAGUAUACUACUUAUGAAAUAAGUCUUCACUGUAUGUCUCUUACAAGUCAUGUUGAUAUUAUUGAUAAAGUUUCGUGAUAGUUUAUUUAUGUAUUUUAUGUUGUUAACCAUGCUUAUAGUCAGGUAUUAUCGUUUGAACAAUGUUGUGUCUCGUAUUUUUAUAUUGUUUUAUUUCUUCAGUUUUACAGGAAUGAGAGGUAAUAAAUGGUUACGAAAACA